UUUCACUGAAGAUCGAUUAAUGCAACAAAAACAAAAUGUCAGCCUUCAUGAACGGAAAUGUGCUCCGUACCCCACUUUUAUUUUGUAAACAAUCAAGUUGUUUCCAUACUUUAUAUACACUUAAAAAUUCACGGCAUUUUAUACGAUCUAUUUAUAUUCUGAAUGACGAAUCAAAGUUCAACAUUAAUUCUGGUUUUUGUGUUUCUUCAAGCAGUAGACUAAGGCAUUUGCAGAAAUAUACAAGUAGGCCUACGCCUGAUGCCAGUAAUUUUAGACUGUUCUGUUCAAGUGCUACAGCUGCUGGUGACAAAACUGACACAGAGGAACUUAAAGGUGAAACUGAAAAUCAUGAAUUUCGAUCAGAGACAAAGAUGCUUCUUAAGAUAGUGGCUCAGUCACUGUAUUCAGAGAAAGAGGUUUUCAUUAGAGAAAUUAUUUCAAAUGCCAGUGAUGCCCUUCAAAAGCUACGAUACUUACAACUGACCAGUAAUGAACAAGUUGAAAGUCAAACACCACUUGAAAUUCAUAUUCAUACUGACUCUGAUGCUGGGACCUUCACUAUCCAGGAUACAGGUGUUGGAAUGACAAAAGAAGACUUGAUUCAAAACCUUGGAACAAUUGCAAUGUCAGGCUCUAAGUCAUUUUUAGAAAAGGUUGAGAGCAAAUCAUAUGCAAGUGACAUCAUCGGGCAGUUUGGCGUUGGAUUCUAUUCAACUUUUAUGGUUGGUGAAUCUGUAGAUGUCUUUACAAGAUCUCACGAACAACCGACAAAAGGUUACAAAUGGUCAUCAGAUGGUAGUGGAAAAUAUUCAAUCACUGAAGCCACUGGAGUGGAGCUUGGGACAAAGAUUGUUGUCAAACUCAAGAGUGAUUGCUGGAAAUAUUCUGUUGAAAAUGAUGUCAAAGAAAUCAUCAACAAGCAUAACACUUUCCUGGGAUUUCCAAUUAUUUGUUCUUUAGGUGUCGUUGACAGUGAGGAUAUACCACUGAAUCUUAGCCGUGAAAUUUUACAGGAUAGCGCCCUCUUGAGAAAAUUGAAUAGGGUACUGACUGCUCGGAUUGUCAAAUUCUUGGUCGACAACUCUGUUAAGCAUCCAUCAAGCUGUCUCUUAUACAUCUCUCCCAUCAAUAUUCAAAGUGUUUUUUACAUCCCAGAAAGGCCACCAGCAAUGUGGGAAUACAGUCAGGACUAUAAAAGUGGAAUUGCCCUUUAUUGCAGGAAGGUUUUGAUACAGUCAAAGGCAGACAACAUUCUCCCAAAGUGGCUGCGUUUUAUUACAGGUGUCGUUGACAGUGAGGAUAUACCACUGAAUCUUAGCCGUGAAAUUUUACAGGAUAGCGCCCUCUUGAGAAAAUUGAAUAGGGUACUGACUGCUCGGAUUGUCAAAUUCUUGGUCGACAACUCUGUUAAGCAUCCAUCAAGUUAUGAUUCUUUUUUUGAUGAUUAUGGAACAUUUUUACGAGAAGGAAUCGUUUCUUCCGGCGAUCAAAUUGAAAAGGAAGAGAUUGCGAAACUGCUUCGUUAUGAAUCUAGUAAUUUGGAUGCCGGGGUAAGAUGCAGCCUCCAGGACUACUGCAGCCGCAUGAAAGCAGGCCAGAGGAGCAUUUACUUCCUCACUGCUCCAAAUCGAGAGCUAGCAGAAAGCUCACCAUACUACCAGGGAAUGAAGUCACUUGGUAUGGAAGUUCUGUUUUGCUUUGAUGAGUAUGAUGAACUGGUUAUGCUGCAGCUGAGAGAGUUUGACAAGAAAGUGUUAACCUCUGCUGAGAAUGAAUUGCUUGCCAGAUCCAACACAGAAACAGAUGAAAAGCAAGAAGAUGGAGGUUUGUCUGUGGAAUCAACAGACUCACUGAUCAUGUAUCUAAAAGAGGUUUUAGGCAGCAAGGUCUUAGAUGUUAAGCAGCAUAUAUCCAUUAAUUAUGAUUUGUUUUCUUUAGGUGUCGUUGACAGUGAGGAUAUACCACUGAAUCUUAGCCGUGAAAUUUUACAGGAUAGCGCCCUCUUGAGAAAAUUGAAUAGGGUACUGACUGCUCGGAUUGUCAAAUUCUUGGUCGACAACUCUGUUAAGCAUCCAUCAAGUUAUGAUUCUUUUUUUGAUGAUUAUGGAACAUUUUUACGAGAAGGAAUUGUUUCUUCCGGCGAUCAAAUUGAAAAGGAAGAGAUUGCGAAACUGCUUCGUUAUGAAUCUAGUAAUUUGGAUGCUGGGGUAAGAUGCAGCCUCCAGGACUACUGCAGCCGCAUGAAAGCAGGCCAGAGGAGCAUUUACUUCCUCACUGCUCCAAAUCGAGAGCUAGCAGAAAGCUCACCAUACUACCAGGGAAUGAAGGCACUUGGUAUGGAAGUUCUGUUUUGCUUUGAUGAGUAUGAUGAACUGGUUAUGCUGCAGCUGAGAGAGUUUGACAAGAAAGUGUUAACCUCUGCUGAGAAUGAAUUGCUUGCCAGAUCCAACACAGAAACAGAUGAAAAGCAAGAAGAUGGAGGUUUGUCUGUGGAAUCAACAGACUCACUGAUCAUGUAUCUAAAAGAGGUUUUAGGCAGCAAGGUCUUAGAUGUUAAGGCAACUGGAGACAUAGGAAACCACCCAGCCAUGAUAACUGUGCAAGAGAUGGGAGCUGCUCGUCAUUUCUUGAAGACCGCCCUCAAAUCACGUUCUGAGGAAGAGCAAUUGCAGAUCCUUAGACCAACACUUCAGCUAAAUAUACAACAUAAUUUAAUGCAUCUUCUGUCGGAUCUGAAAUCAUGUAAUCCACCAGUUGCCCGAAUGUUAGCAGAACAGAUAUUUGACAAUGCUAUGAUAGCAGCAGGUUUGGUCACAGACCCAAGAAACAUGCUAGGACGACUGAAUACAUUAUUGGAGCGUGUGUUAACACAAGAAAAGUGAUGAGAUGUCUGUAUACUUUACUGCAGCAUAAUAUGUUAAUCCAAGAAAAGUGAUAAAAGGCAUCUGAAUACCUUACUACAGCAUAAUAGGUUAAUCCAAGAAAAAGGUUAGGAUGAUGAACUACAUUACUGCAGCCUGUUUUAACACAAGAAAAGUGAUAAGAUGUCUGUAUACCUUACUACAUAUAUGUUUGAUACAUUUCCUUAGUAUGUUUAUAACUAUCAUUGCAUAUGCUGUAAAAUAUUGUUAUAGAUUUAAUACCUUUAAAUUAUAGAUUUGGUCCACCUUAUGAAUUAUUAACUUCAUCUUA